AUGGCACCCUCGGCCCAAGCUCACAAGCGAUCUCACAGUCUGCUGCUGCUCCAGAAACUACUCAACCUCAGAGAUAAUGCCAGCCCUCUGACGCUGGUACUCGAUACUUUGGAGCAAGGCGCAGCUCCACUGCUGCAGGAGUUCACAUCACGAGCAAAGAUAUCUCACACCAGAGUCAUAUUCAUAUCCUUUGCCACAAUAAAAAAGCCUGGCAAUGCAGAUGUCUUCGUUCGAGCUAGCGGCAAGCCGCUACAAAAGCUACGGGCUGAGAUCACCUCUCACUACCCUACACUCCCGCCUCCCACAGCUAGGAACGCCUCAUCAUCACCAUCAUCACAGAGAACACUGCUCAUAAUAGACACCCUCAACCCGCUGUCGGCAACCCACCCCAGGCACCUGACCCCAUUCCUGUCAAGCCUGCUCACGCACCCGUCCAUCUCCCUCGUGGCGACCUACCACGCCGACAUCCCGCUGGCCCUCGCGCCCGCCGCGCUGAGCGAGUACGAGCCGCACCCGCUGACGGUGCUGAACCACCUCGCGACGGCCGUGCUGCGCGUGUCGAGCCUGCACCAGGCCGUGGAGCGCCGCCGCGCCCAGAACAGGAGCCUGCCGGAGCCGGCGUGGGGGCUCGAUGAGGGCCGCGAGGGCGUGCUGGUCGGCGUCAACGGCCCCGCGGGCGGCGGCAAGGGCGCCGGGGUCGUUGUCGAGAUGGACCUCCGGAGGCGGAGCGGCCGCGCCGUGGUCGAGAGGUUCGUGCUCGUGCCCCAGGGCUCUGCGGCGGGUGCUCUGUCACUACUGUCGGAUCACCCGCUGUUCGCUGCGCCCGAGGACGCGGACAAUGGCCAGGCCGAUGAGGAGGACCUCGCCGAGACCACUUUCAACCUGGGUCUCACUGAGAAGCAGCGGAAAGACAGAGACGGGAUUGUGCUGCCGUACUUUGACGCACAAACAGAUAUUGGUGGUGGAGAGGGUGGGAGGAUAUUGUACGAAAUGGGACGGGAGGACGAUUUCGAUGACGAAGAAGACGAGAUCUAA